UGGCGCGCCUUUCGAUCUUGUUGUCUUGUACUUUGCUUGUCAAGGUCGUCAAACCCUUUCUAUCGAUCGAUUUUCAAUCAUACUUGCAAUCUCAGUUCCACAUCAUCUCAUGCCUCACCCCCAUCCGCAAAAGGCAACCAAGGGUCGAUAUAAGUCUUGAGCUUUUGCUUCGGUGAAAAAGGACAGUCGGUUGUUACUAUUACUGCUCUGGCUGUUGGUGUCGGGUUUUGCAUUGGUUGGUCGCUGUCGCUGUCGCCGCUGUCGUUGUGAAGGAUCGAACUGAAACCACAUGAUGCCGAUUGCGGCCAUUCAUCAUGUCCAGCCGAGACAUGGAUAUCGUCGAGAAGAAUAACGGCGAUCAAGUCAGCCAGGACCAUGGCGCAACCCUCGAGAGGUCCAUUACGGCCGAUGACUCUUCGCCCACAGACAUCAAGCGAACCACGAGCAAUACUCUCAGCAAAGUUGCUUCUCGUCUGAGCACGCGCCACAUCGUCGACCCUGGUCCACCACCUGAUGGCGGCCUCACGGCGUGGACACAAGUUGCGGCGGUGUUUCUGUGUAGUUUCACGAGCUGGGGUUACAUCAAUUCAUUUGGCAUCUUCCAGACAUACUAUACCGAGGCCCUUGGGGAGGCGCCGUCGACGAUCUCAUGGGUGGGGUCGGUGCAAUUGUGGGUGGUAUUCGUAGUGAGUACGUUUUCCGGACGAGCGUUGGACGCAGGACUGUUGAUCCCAACCUUCAUCGUGGGCGUGGUACUGCACAUCAUUGGGAUAUUCAUGACCAGCCUGUCGACGGUGUUUUGGCAAUUGUUGCUGGCCCAAGGGGUGUGUACGGGGUUGGGCAGUGGCAUCUUCUUCACGCCGACCAUGGGUCUGAUCACCACCUACUUCACCAGUCAUCGAGGCCUCGCUAUCGCCAUCACGUCGACGGGCAAUUCGGCCGGUGGCGCCGUCUACCCCGUCAUUGUACGGCAGCUUUUACCUCGGAUCGGCUUCGCGUGGACAAUUCGAGUGCUCGGCUUCGUCAACCUCAGUAUGUUGCUCGUCGUUCUAGCAUUUAUCCGACCUCGACUUCCGCCCCGACGGUCCGGCCCUAUUGUCGAAUGGCAGGCUUUUCGAGAACUGCCAUAUACUCUGCUGAUCGUUGGCAUGAGUUUUGUCUUCGGUGGCUUGUUCUUCACCUACUAUUACAUGGCGUCGUAUGCGCGCACGAUCCUCGAGAUGAGCUAUGAAGACUCACUGAUCGUUCUGAUCGUCUUCAACGCCGCUGCCAUUCCAGUGCGUCUGAUGUCGGGCUUCGUGGCCGACAGGUUCUUUGGGCCCUUGAACGCUGUCAUUCCACUUCUCUGCAUCAAUGCCAUCUUCGCCUUUGCCUGGACCUCUGUCACCUCCAGGUCUGGCUUCUAUGCGUUUUCCACUCUGUUUGGUUUCUCUGCUGGUGCAUUCCAGUGUCUUCUGCCCACUACGGUCGCGAGCUUGAAUGAUGACCUGAGCAAGAGUGGGGUUCGACUGGGCAUGGCGUUUUCCAUCUUCAGUUUCUCGGGCCUGGCUGGUCCACCGAUUGGUGGUGCGUUGUUAACUUCCAACGGUGGAGGCCGAAGCGGCUGGCUGGUCGCACAGCUGUGCCUGGGCUUUACAACUUUGAUUGGCGCCGUGUUUGUCGCUGCGGCUCGAGUGUGCAAGCAUGGUUGGAGUUUGAAGAUCAAGGUCUAGAGAUUGAAAAGACAAUUUCAUGAGGGGGAUACGUAGCAUGUUUAGCGAUGCGAGAUAUAAAAAUAAGUUCAGACAUAUUAUCAAG